UAACUUUUAAAAACGCUGUGGGCCGUUGGCCUUGUAUGAAUUUACAAAAACAGAGAUGUAACGUAAACAACGCUUCGAAUUUGUCUAAAAAAUAAAAAAUAAAAAAUGCAUAAUUUGUCAAAAAAACAAAACAAAAUGUGGGCGGGCAGAAGUGAACUGACGCCAAAAUAAAAAAAGAAAAAGAAAAAGAAAAAGAAAAAACCCUAGCCCCUAACGUCUCUGUCCCUGAACUAUCGUCGGCAAAAUUCAACAAACUAGCGGCGGCGGCGGCACGGCAAGCGGUGAAGACGAGCGAGUGGAGACUGCGUGCGGCGAGCGGUGAAGCGGCGGCGAUCGGCAAGCGGUGAGGUGGCGGCACGGCACGCAUAGUGACUCCGACUUCGAGCGGCGAGGCAGCCGCCACCUUUUCUCCGGCACCUCAUCGCCGUGCUAGAAAAAAACAAUCCUUUACCCUGCGACAAUUCAUCUACUUGCGUCUGAAAAAAAGGUUGAAAAGAGAUGUUUUUCCUGAGCAAAUUAGAGCACACUCUGAGGUUGCCCCCACAUCUCCUCAGCCUACCCAUCGAGAAGGCCAUUAGAGGAGAGCUCGAGUUUCUCUUGUUAGACAAGGUUAUUGAAAAUCUAGGGUUGUGCGUCAGCGUGUAUGAUAUUCAAUCCAUCAAUGGUGGUUUUGUGUUUCCCGGCAAUGGCGCCUCCACUCACACAGUGGUAUUCAGGCUGGUAAUGUUUCGGCCGUUUGUGGGAGAGGUUAUAUCGGCUCGACUUAUGGAAUCGACAAAGGAUGGUUUACGAUUUUCUAUUUCGGAGAUCGAACUUGAUUUGAGUCAGUCCAGUAUUAACUUAUGCUUGGCAGUGUCACUUGGAUUUUUUGAGGACGUCUAUGUACCUGUCCCUUGCCUGAACAGUCCCAAUCACUCUGAACCCGACCCAACGAUUAAGGGUGGUGUUAAAUGGGUUUGGGAAUACGAGGGUGAAAACUAUCCGAUAGACGGGGAAGAUGAGAUUAGAUUUAAAGUUCUCAGUGUGAGUUAUCCGCCUAUACCUUUAGAUCAUGGAGAGGCGAACGAAAAUGAUAAAGAGCAUAAAGUUGUGAAACCAGUUGCCCUUAUGGUGGUCACUGGUACUAUUGAUGCGGAUGGUUUAGGUCCGAUUUCAUGGUGGGUAUAAAGAUGAUUCAUCGAGCAGAAGCCAGUGCAAUAUUUUUCUUAUACUUCCAGAGAUUUUCAACCUUGUUGUAGCAGAAAAUUGAACAGGGGACUUUGUUAAUGUAAAUUUUGUUAAUUAUCUAAGACUCAUAUAUUCUUUUUCCUUCUUUUUUCAUUUCUUAAUAUUUAGGUCGUAU